GAGUUUAGCACUUUAGAGAUAGAUUAGCCAUUGUUUUGUAUAGGCCUACUGUAGCCUACUUAGGCCAACCUUUGUGUAAAACGAUUGAUCUUUUAUCCAAAUAUUUUGGGCAAAUUAGUCUAGGCCUACCUAAUUGCCACAAAUCUUACAGUUGUAUUCAAGGCAUCGGUCACAUAGACAGGUAGAAAUCUGAAUGUCAAUGAUACACAUGCUCCUCACAGGCUAAUGAAUAAAAUGAUGAGUUGAAAAGUAGGCUAGCAACAGCUCAAUAGUAGCACGACAGCCCCACCACGCGACGGAUUAGACUCAGGUUAAAUAGUACACCCCGUUGUGAGCCACCGUUGCUUUCUAUUGCUAAUUUAAGAAUAAAAAAUAUAAAUUACAUAGGCGUGUACAACAUUGUUUGGGUGUAUUAGCAGCUUGUAAACGGGUUUCAUCUAUACGUUUUUGUUGUGGAACGAAAAAAAGAUCGCAUUCAUGCAAUCCUACAAACAGUUGCCAAUAGCAACAGCUGAAACUUUGUUGCACUCUCAGUGGGACAUAACAAGGACGAGUUGAAGGCUACUAAACAGCCGUUUUGAGUCACUUUUUAGGCUUUCGGUAUGGCAUCACCUCAAAGAAGUUCCAAAGAUCUGAAAACGAAGCUUACUGACACUAAACAGGACGUGGAAGAUGUGCACAGGGCAUUGGAGAAACUCCGGUGUCUUUCCAAAGAUGACAAGAGUGAGGCAGGGAUGCUGCGCUCCAGGAUAGAUGAGCAGUCAAGUUUAAUCUGUAUUUUGAAACAACGAGCUGACGAGAUGCUAUGUCGAUGUCAGGCUCUAGAAAGUAUAAAUUCAGAGUUGGAAGCCCAUAGAGCAGAUGUAUAUGCAGAGCUUGAGGGUGAAAGAAAGAAGUCGUCCUACUUAGAGAAAAGAUUCAUGGAUUUGGCAAGUAAUCAUCAAGCCAUGAUUAUUUUUAAGGACGAGUAUAAAACACAAAACACCAAACUUAGACAGGAAAACGAACAAAUUCGAGAGGAGAACAAUACACUUUUCUCUCAAGAGUUAGAAGAAAAAGAGGCAGUUAUUCUGAAGCUCACAACAGACAUGGACACACUUGUUGAGGAGCACAGAAUUCUUCAAAACAAGUAUCAGGACACAUGUGAUGGCAUUCAGGCAACCCAUCAGGAACUUACAGGACGUCAUCAGUCAAAGGAGACAUCUUUGUCUAACCAGUUACGUGACGUGCAAAGACAGCUAACUGAUGCGGCAGAUAUGUGCACAGAAUUAAACCAACAACUUCAAAAGGCAAGAGAGACUUACUCUUUGAAAGAGACGGAGAUGAAAGAAACAGUAGAAAGCCUAGUGAAGGAGAAGGACACAUUACUGAAUUUAUCCAUACAAAGAGGAAAGCAGAUACAGGACAAACAGGAAGAGGUCCUGCUGGUGGAGGCUAGGAGGAAGGAGGAGGAGAGCGGCAGGGUGGCAGCAGAGAAGCGGUUAGCACAAACACUAACAGUGGAGGUAAAAAAGGUAUUGGGACGUACAUUUCUAAGGUCAAACUCUCUCCCAUCAAGGUUUGAAAGGGAGGCAGCUUCCGUGACAGCAAAUCUCAAAGUGAAGGCUCUCCAGCACCGACUGGAUCAGUCUGUUCAAACGUGUAACCAGCUCAGAAAGGAUUUUGAAGCCUUUAAAGAGCACAGCAACGACAUGCUUACUAAGGAAAAAGACUUGAAUGCCAAGCUGCGUCACAUCAUCGGCUGAAGAUUGAUACCUCCUUAAAACAGUACCAGUUCAUUUCAAUAUAAAACAGCUAAAUAAAAUGAAACCAGUGCAAAGCUGGUAAUGCAUUUGGAAAACGAAAGAAAACGAAAGAUUCUAACAACAUGUUUUGCAUUUUAUUAAAUUCAAAUGAUUUACAGUAAGUUAAGUUUAGUACAUUUAUUUACAGGCAAAUAAGUUGAAGUAAAAAAAACUAUUUCGUACACCAAUUUACCCACAUCCAAGGACACUGGAACGCUGCGCUGGUCUCCUUCAGAGUACCCCGCUGGCCCAGCCUGUGAACACUUCAGCCACCAGGAGAGUC